AUCAUCUGGUAUUUAUUGGAAUGGGCGUGCACGCAUCUAGUGGGAGGGGCGUGCACAGUAGCAGCCGGGCCGCGGACGCCCUCAGACAUGGAAGAUAAUGAGGAGCCUCACCACGGCGACUCUCGCUCCUCCAGCCCCACACAUGGCUCCCGGCCUGGCACACCUACCCGGCAGGCGAGAGCCGCACAUCUGGCCGACACCCCCGCAGCUCCCAGGCAGCCCGCACAAAGUUCGUCCCGCAGCCCUCCCUCCCUGCUCCAGCUGCCCACGGGGCUGCCCCUCCGUUUUGACCGGAACAUCAAGCAGGCUUUCUACAACACGGGAGCGCUGCUGUUCGCGGCCGGGUGCUGCGGGGCGGCCGUGCUGGUCUACUUCAUCCUGGAGGCCUUCCUGCGGCCGCUGCUGUGGGCCGCCCUGUGCGGCACCUUCCUUCACCCCUUCAAGCACUCGCUGACCGGAGUGUGCCGCCGCUGGCUGUGCCGCCUCCAGAGACAGGGUUCGCCCAUAGUCCUGGCCACCCUGCUGCUGCCCGUCAGCUUUGUUAACCACAGCAUGGAGGCCCUUGGGGAGUUUGUUGCCCGCAGGCUGCGGGUGCUGGUGCCCGUUUUGGCCGGGGCCCCCCUCCUGUACCUGCUCUACCUGGCCGGAAGUUACCUCGGGGUGCGGGAGCUGCUUGCCAACGUGUGCGGUGUGAUCUGCGGGGCUCUGGACUACUUCAGCACUCUGUGGAUUUGGACGCUGGUCAUCGGCUAUGCUCUGGCCGUUGCAUUUAAGUGGAAUCCAGAAACUCAGCGCUACCUUAUUGCCUUUUCAGUUCCUGUGUGGCUCAUACUACUCUUCCAUUUGGCAUCUGUUGCUGGGUCUUGGAAGAUUCCAGUUUUUGUCAUUAUUGUGUUCCUGAUGACAGUAGGUACCCUACAUGAGAAGCAGGCAGCACAGGGUUCUUCAGCCACAGUACUUCCUGGUCAAGUGAUAACCAUUGCAGCUUCAACUAUUGCCAUGGCAAUUUCCAUCACAGGUUUUGAAGAACAUCAGGAAGAGCUGACCACAGCACACCGUCCAGCAGAGUCUGUUACAAGUGAAACACCGACUACACCGAUUUCCUCUUCAAUUGGAAGGCAAAGGAAUGAAGUUGGGGCAUUUCUUAAAAAAAAGAAAACCAGUGACAUCUAUUUUGUUUUACUUGUGUGGGCAAUAGCCAUUGUCCAGCUAUGGCUGCAUCUAUGGAUCAUACAGCUCCUUCCAGUACCAAUUGCCGUUUUUGCAGUUAAAAAGCUUGUGAUCCACUUUGGAGUCAUUGGUUUUUUGGGGAAUCGUUUUGCCUCCUGGUGGGAAGUAAUAGAAAAAUUUCUGAGUGAACGAAAGGAAGCUUUGGCUCCUAGACCCAUUCGAGGACUGGGAAACUUUGUUCUGAAAGUUGACAGUAAGAUGUGGCAUUGGCUUAAUGAGCAGAUGAUAAUUUGGUUGGAGAAAACACUUGACAAAAUGAUAAGCAUUUUCAUUAUAUUCCUGCUUGUCAUCGGCACGCUGCUUCUAGCCUUACUCCUAACAGCAAAGGUGCACGAGGAAAGCGUGCAUAUAAUUGCAGUGACCAGCAAUCUAAUCAAUGAGACGGUCUCUAAUCAUCCAGAAUGGGCAAAUUGGCUUCCUGAAGCACAAGUUAUCCAAAAGGCUCUUAACUCUGCUGCUAACAAUGUAUAUCAGUACGGCAGAGAAUGGAUCACCCAUAAGCUACACAAGGUACUAGGGGAAAAAGUAAAUAAUACAGCUAUUAUUGAGAAGCAAGUGCUAGAGCUUUGGGACAGACUGUACCACUCCUGGAUCACAAAGAAUGUGACUCAUUCAAGCAGGAACAAGGGGCAAAAGUUGACUGUACAACGUCAAAACAGUUGGAUGGGGGAUAUUUUGGACUGGCAAGAUAUUGCAUCUUUUAUUCAUGAGAACAUUGAAACCUUUCUAUCGAUAUUGGAAUCCCUCUGGAUUGUGAUGAGUCGCAAUUUAAGUUUGCUUUUUACCACUGUAACAACACUCUUUACAGUCAUCAUCUACAGUGGCACGACACUUCUAAAUUUCGUCCUGUCUUUGGUGAUUUUUCUUACAACAUUGUUCUAUCUCCUGAGCUCCAGUGAUGAGUACUACAAGCCAGUGAAAUGGGUUAUAAGUCUUACACCUCUUUCUCAGCCUGGCCCAUCUUCCAAUAUAAUUGGACAGUCGGUAGAAGAGGCAAUAAGGGGUGUAUUUGAUGCUUCUCUAAAAAUGGCUUGCUUCUAUGGAUUAUAUACUUGGCUUACGCAUACAGUCUUUGGGAUAAACAUUAUCUUUAUACCUUCUGCCCUGGCAGCAAUUCUUGGAGCAGUGCCAUUUCUGGGGACCUACUGGGCUGCUAUACCUGCUGUUUUGGACCUGUGGUUUUCUCAAGGUGAAAGCUGUAAAGCUAUAUUGCUUCUUGUGUGCCAUUUGCUGCCAACGUAUUGUGUCGACACUGCUAUCUACUCUGAUAUAUCUGGGGGUGGUCAUCCUUACUUGACUGGCCUGGCAGUGGCUGGAGGUGCAUACUAUUUAGGACUAGAAGGAGCAAUCAUCGGACCUAUUCUUCUCUGUAUCCUUGUUGUUGCUUCUAAUAUUUACAGUGCAAUGCUAGUAAGCCCGACCUCUACUUUACCCACUCCAUCUACAACUCCGUGGCCUUUGCAUAUUAAUCGGCCAUUUAAAGAGCAUCUACAAGAGAUGAAGCAAGCGUCAGUGUGACAAAAGACAAUCUUGAUACUAUCUACAAAGUGGUGGCAUUUUUGUACCUUUCAUCGACCUUUAUGGAAAUGACUGUACCAUGUAGCCACCUAGGGAUUAGUUCUUUAUGUGAAAAUAGCAGUUUCUAAAAGUACAUUUAAGGUUGUGUUCACAUUUGCGUUAAAGGUUUAUUUUGGAGCAUCCAUGUCAAAUUCGGUCUAAAAGUCUGGACAUAAUAUUGCAGCAUACAGUAUUAUUUUUUGUGGUAACAUGAUGGAACUGUGACAGAUACAUACAGUAUAUAAACCAUAUGAAAUGUAACAGGCUUAGCUUGGUAACAGGAAUAAAUAAAUUAACCAUGAGGUAUUACUCACAGAAUACUACAAACUAUUCUUCUCUCAGUUUUAAGGUUUUCAAACACUUUACAAACGUCAUUUAGUCCCGUGCACUCAAGUGUUUCUAAUCCAGUAUACCUCCCUUUGCAACCCACUCUUCCUUUUGAGUUCCUCAUUCACCUUGAUAGAAACCUCCUCAGUGACCUGACAUCUCAAAUGCACUACUGUAGGUCCAGUAUCGGCAAAGUGACGUUCAACAGAGGUCCUUCAAAUCUGCUCUGUCUUCAUUGGCACGCUAGGUACAUUGUAAAUUUCAUGUUAUAAGCCUUAUAUUCAGACUGUUGUGUUUUUGUAGACCUAGCAGUUUUUCUGUAUAUGUUUUGCCACAAGGGCAUUUCAGAAUAUAUAUGACAUUUUAAUUAGACAAUAUGAAACCCUCCUGUACAUAUUUUUUGGCCGUUUGUAGGGUGACAUAUAAAAUUACUUUUAAUAAUAUUGUUACAUUGAAUGUAUGGUAAAUAUGUCCCAUUUCUACAUGCCCAAAAAAAAGUGUCUGUUUUUUUUUAUUAUUGCAAUAUCACCUCUGAUUCCUCUAUCCUCAAUAGAAUUUCCUUUCUUGUAUGAACAUAGAGGACUCAGUUGAAAUCAGUUUUUAAUAAGUUCCUAUAUUUGCAAAUAGUAUGUUUAAUUAAACCAUAACGUUUAUCAUAAGCAUCUGGAUACUUGAUGCGGUUAUUGCUGUUUCUGCUCCUUGUGUGUUAGAGGCUGGCACAAACAAAUUUGGGCAAACCAUGAAAUACUUUUUUUAUGCAACAUCUUAUUUUUAUCGGUGGGCUUUGCAUACAAUAGUAUCAAAGCCACCUUCCGCUUUACAAACCUCAAUAUAAAAAAAAUACCACCUCAAAGUGAACUUGUCUCAUCAAUUGAACACAUGUUUAAAUGCUUCACAAAAUCAAGGAGAGAUGGUCAUCACCAGAGCAGUGCAUGAACACGCCAUACGGACAACGUGUCAAAAACCCCAGAAACAAAAAUAUAAUUCUCAAACAAUGGCAUGACGGCAUUAGCAAAACAUACAGUCUUUCCCCCAAAAUAAAACCUAUUGUUCCUUUUGCAUUCUGGCUAAAUAUAAGGCCUCCCCCCGAAGUAAGGCCCCCUGAAUAUAAGGCCACUACAGGGUAGCGUCAGGACUAUGCAGUAGCCGCAUUUGAUCUGACUUGAAUAAACAGAGAAAAGAAUAAAGAGAGAGAACUGUUUAUUAUGGUCUUUGAGUUAUACUUCAUGGUUAAUUUAUUUAUUCCUGUUGCCUAAGCUAAUCCUGCUACAUUCCCUAUGGUUUAUGUAUGCAUCGAGACUAGUAGAGCUCUGAUCCUAGGGUUCGAAGGUAUUGGACAGUUAGCAUAUGGUGAACUGUAAUUGUUUUUCAUUGGAAAUCUGACAGACCCCAGUAAAGUCAGUAGGUUCCUUCAUGCGACUUAGAUGAUCCAGCUCCACCACAAACUUUGUCGAUGUGUUCCUGUGACAGAGCAGAACAAUGUAAAUGCUCAAUGUAGGUGUGACCAUAGCCUUAAAGCAUUCAUUGCAAAAACAUACUUGUUGACUGAAUGAAAGAAAACCUCCAAAAGCCUUACAAUGUUUGAAACAAAUUUCUAGUAGCUAUUCACAAAGUCAGUAAUAGUAGAUCUAGUUGAAGGAGUUAUCUCCUCAAGACAACCAGUUAUCUAAGAAGCAUUUAUCGUUAUGGAAGUUUUGUCUGACCACACACGUACAUGGUAAUAUUACAUGGCCUAGUCCACCCAAGCUGGAGUCACGAUUGCUCUGCUGUAGUUUAUUGAGAGGGGUAUAGAUUAGGAUACUUCUACCUAUUACAUGGCUUGUCUUGAUGAGAAAAUCACUUUAUAGGUAAUAUAUCGUACCUUUCAUACUGCCCUCUCUGUAUGCAUGUUUGCUUCUGGUGUGGCAUAGUAUAGUUGCAAUGCCCUGUAAGCAUGGAGUCUUAACGCAUUCAUGAGCUAUGUACACCCCUUGCCCAGCAGCUACUAAUACAUAGUUUUCUCCCUAGUACUGUGCAUGGGGAAAAACUGUUAGUCAGAGGCAGAAGGGUGCAAAAGUAUAUAUCCUAAAACUCAACAAAUACACUGCCCAGAUCUGUGUGCCUAUUCCUAAGACUUGGUUCACAAUUCCAUUAUGCUAGGUCCCGUUCGGCCCUUUUUUUUUGUGCCGAUCGGCUCCAAAAUGGGUUGGAGCACAGCUGAUUCCACUGGGUCCUGACAGAUCCAAUUGACUUGAAUGGGGUCCAUGAGGGAUCUGGUAGUUUACCAUAUUUAGUGGGGAAAAAAAUAGUGCAUGCACAAUUUUUUUUUUUCUCUGAUAAACUCUCAUCAUUGGACGGACUUGCCGGCGGAGCUCCAUAUAGCAGAGCCCCACAACAGUGUGGAUCUAGGCUAACUACAUGCUACUGUUAGAGAGGGGGCAGUAUGAAGUAGGUGACAUAUUUGCUUUAUUGAAGGAAUAAACAUAUUCAUUGAGGUAGUAUAAUGGACUACUGCUUUUUCAUUUUACACAGCUGAAAGAGAAAUUUAGUGUUUUAUCUGUUUUUACUUGUUAGCAAUACACAAAAGUGUAUAGUUUAAGGACUAAACUGUUUUACCAAAAGUGAAUUAUAUUUUAUCUAAUGCUGGCUUUUUCUUUAAGGAAAAAGCCAUCUUCAGUGGCCAACUCUCUGUUUGCACUUUAUGCAUAUUUAAAAAUGCAAAUAUGUUUGAUAAUAUGUGUGUUCAGCACAUGUUUUGUAUAUGUAGGUUGUAUUUUAUUGUUCAAUGAGCAUCGAUACAGUUUGUGCAGUUGAGGGUAAUGCUUGGCAAUGACCUGAAUUUUUCUUCCAAAAUGAGGAGAGCACAUUGCCAUAGUAACUUAUUGUGUUAGGUAAAAAAAAAUAACAUCAGGUAUUGCAAUAUCUCUGCCUUUGUAUUAUUUAGAAAUAGAAAUUGUAAUCCUAUUUUUACUAUCCCAAAAUAAAACUUUGAACACUGGCUAUAUAA